CACCGUAUUUGUGAGUCAUUGCGUAUCAAGUCAGCCAUGUAAUUGUAAAAAAAACCAAAAUAUAAGGAAUUUUGGCGUCGCGUCAAUAGUUUGUUGUUAACUUUCAGUUAAUUCGAAAAGUAUGUAAACAAACCUUACUACUGUUGCUAAUGUUAUAUAUUCUAACUUCAGGUGAUUAAAUUUGUGAUAUUGGAUAUGAGUAAACGUCGUUCGUCGUAUAAGAAGAAACGUAAUAUCUCGAAACUAAACUUGGAUAUGGAUUCAAAUAUUUUUGAACGAUUAGCGAAAAUUCCUCCACAACAUUUCACUACCAAAAAGGAUUUCCUCUCACAAAAUAUUGUACCUGCUUGUCCUAUUGUACCACCAAAACUCAGAAGAUGUUAUGGAAAAUGUUCCUUACUCACAGAAACCUAUGGGGAGGCUCAACUCUUAAAAUUUGAUCCUGAUAAUCAAGCACAAUUGAGCUCAUGGUACCGCAGAGAUGUUCAAGAAACAUAUUUUGAUCAAGUUUAUUAUCGUAAGCUCAAAAUAGGAGAAGGCAGCUUUGGAAGUGUCUACAAAGCAAUUUGUAGAGAUGAUGAUAAGUUGUAUGCAAUCAAGCAUUUCAACGGAAACCAUCCAAAAAGUAGCAAGUACAUAGAAGUUGAGAAUAUGGGAAAAGUUGGUAUACAUGAAAAUAUUUUACGUUUCUUUAUGGCUUGGGAAGAAGGUGAAAAUGUUUAUAUCAAAAUGGAAUGUUGCCAAAUGAGUUUGGCACAGUACUCAAAAAUAAAUCACAACAUCCAUGAGGACCAACUACAUGAAAUACUUCAUGACGUUAUUCAGGGAUUAGUUUACCUCCAUUCAAAGAACUUUGUGCACUUAGAUGUAAAACCUGACAAUAUACUGAUAGACCGAGGCCAUUAUAAGUUGGGAGAUUUCGGAUUGCUCUACCAUAUCAAAUUAACAAACAAAAACGAUCGUAUGUCAUCUGAAGGUGAUGCCAAGUAUCUGGCUCCAGAAGUUUUAGGUGGGGUUUAUACUUGCAAAGCAGAUAUCUUUGCUCUUGGGGUGACUUUGGUGGAGCUUGCAACUGAUUAUAUAAUGCCUUCAAAUGGAUACUUAUGGCAUGCUAUGAGGGAGGGUCAGAUUCCAUCAAUUCUGCCUGAGAAAAUAUCUCUGAGAUUCUUGACCUUGAUCUAUAGAAUGAUGUCGUACAAUAAUGAAAACAGGCCUAGUGCAUCUCAGAUCAUGGAAUGUCCAAUAGUAGCAGACGUCAUGACAAGAGAUGCAUUAAAUGAGAGAACUGAUUAUGCGAGACUUAUUUCAAUUGGUGGCCUUUCUUACCCCAAUAUAUUGAAUGCUGAUCUGAGAAGAGUUCUUAGUGACAUCGCUGAUGGUCCAGGAGAUAUGUUCCAAACACCUGUAAAUCGUACAGUGACACGCAAAAUAGGAUUCUCCCCUAGCGGAGAUUGUAUUCCAAGGCGUAUCAAUCCAAAGACUGGCACUCCGACAAAGGAAUUUAGACGCAGUCCACGUGUGAAGUUAUUCUUGUGAGUCACCAAGCAAUCAAUCACCGACACUUUGUUUGAUGCCACCCUUUUUAAAAGAAGCACUUAUUGAUCUCAAGACCAAAGUUUGUUUAUUUUCAUUGUUUAAGUGGUCUUACAAUUUUUUUUAUUUAAAAAGGCUGGUCUUUUAAAAAUAUUUAUUUCCAAGCAUUUUAUGUUAACUUAGUUAUAAAGGUUUAAAAUGUUUUUUCUAAUAUUUAUUGAUUGUUUGAAAAAUUAUCAAUUUUAAUCGAAUUUGUUGGCAUUGAAUAUUUCAUGCAGCUUCCAUUGUGAUACAAAAUGCUAGAGGGAACUCCUUAUUACUUGCUUCUCACUUUGCAAGUUGCAUUUUAUAUUAAUUCGUAAUACACGUUUGUACUUAUGCAAUCAUAAAGUUUCUAGAGAAAUAAUGCUAGUCCUGAUUCAUUUACAAGUUUCACUUCAGUGAAGUGGAUGGUGCUCUGAAAAACCGAUAUGAUUAGAUAUUUUUCACAAUAAAUGAAUUGAAGGACUUGCAUACAUUUCUCCACAGUUUGAUUCUUUGCCUGCUUUUAUCGCAAAUUUGAUAUGUGAAACUUAUUCUGUAUAGAAUUUCGUGGGCAAUUUCUCAAACUUUUUAGUUCUCAAAAAGAUGGGUCAAAUUCCGAUGUUGUGAUAAGCUUGUUCAUUGGAGAAUACCCCUCUGAAUAUCGUUACGAUUAGGUUUUGUUGACAGUUGAUGCAAUUUAUUUUUUAUCUGAAGAUUAAAAGGAAACACUUUCCAUUUAUUGAGGACCCUAAAUAGGCAUUGUGGGAUAAGAUAUAUUGUUGAACAGAAAAAUCUUAUCACAAAGUUGGUUAUCUUUGACCCACCUCCCCUUAGGUAAUUUGUGAAAACCAGUUUCCUCCUUAAUAUCUAUGAGCCUAUAAUAAUAGAUUUAAGCGGUUGACAAUAAUGGUACUCUCGGGCUUGUUUCCUUAUUUCUCCAUUGGUGCUUGAAUCAAUAAUAUUAAAAGGUAAUUCUAGAUAAAAUUGCAUGAGCGUUGUCAUUGGUGUGUAUGUAUGUGGGAAAUAUUUUAAAAUGAAAACGACAGUAGGGAGCCACAAAUAUUCCAGCAGAUAUCAAUCUAUGUGAACUUUUUACACCAAACAUUUGUGAAGUUAUUAGAAUGGAACUUUAAGUGAAACUUUAUUGGCGCGUUGUUUUUAAGAAUUUUCAAGUUUCAAACAAAGUUACCAAAAGUAUUCAGUAAAUUCAUAUAUCAGUGUUAUAUUUGGGUUUUGGAAUUGAUGCAAUAAUCUCCCAGAAUUCGUGACGAGAGGUAAUAAGAUUUGUUCAAUGUAUUUCUUCGAUGAAAAUUUAAUUUUAAGUUGAAUUGUUGGUAAGUCAACAAAUUGUGAUGUUUUAUUUAUUUCAUAUUGAAAACAAAAAAUAUAUUUUAACAUUGUAAAUUCAUCUCCAUAUCCACUUUUUAUUUUUCAAAACAAAUUCGCAUCUGGUUAAAACUUUCAUUUGUUUUUCAAACUCUUUACAGAAUCUGUGCACUUCAUUAGUAUCUGUCAUGAGAAAAUUCAUGAAUCCUAUUAUAUGUAAUUGCAUUCGCUUGUUCUAGUCUGAUAUGAGUUAAUUAUAUAUUUGUAUAAUUUUAAAUCAUUCAAGUAUUCAUAAUCAAAUUCAUGUAAUGUUUUUAACGAAUAAUUAAUCGCAGUUUAGGCUAAUUAUGAACCAGUAUAAUAUUCAUCAAAAUCUAAUUGUAUUUACAUACCUAUGAGUAAUUAGUUGAAAAACUCACAAUUCAUGAUCUCUCUAGUGGUGGAGUACUGAGGUUUGAAAAACCUUAUUCCAGAGCCUGUAUUCUUGCAAACGUUUUGUAAAAUUAAUCUUUUUUUGCAAUAAGUCUAAUGGUCCAGAAAACUGUAGACUCUCAGUUCAUUAUGAACUUUUGUAAUUAUUUAUAUUUGUUGUACCUUGCUGAUGGUAAUAUCGGUAGCUUUAAAAAAAGUUGCAAUAAGUGCCACAUAUUCAAGGCAAACAACUGAAGGUUCAAGGAAAAUCUCGAUAAUAGUAAUCAAAAACACUUAACAAAUUUGUACGGAUUUGUUGAAACCUACAAAUUACUAUAAUCUGUAUUCAUAGAGUACAAAACUUUUACAGAAAGUUAUCAGUAUUUUCCUUUUUCAAAUAAAUUUUUGAUCUUGAAAUGUUCCACUCCUGAUUUUAAUUCAAUACUUGUAAUGUGUGUGAUUAAUCUGUUCCAAAAGAAAUUGAGCUAUAUAUAUGUUACAAGUGAACUUUUUUACUUUCCUAAUAAAUGUAAUUUAAAAUAUA